AAAAUUCAUGGCGUUAUGCGAUUCGUAAAUCCUAAAUCCCUAAUACCGAAGAAAAUUAAAAUAUAUACUAACAACAAAGCCUACAGAAACUGAUAUAAAACGCACGCAACACGCAGAAGCAGAUUCCAUCCCCGUCGGAGUCUAUCGGUGUUCAGUGCUCACUGGGAGAGAGAGAGAGAGAGAGAAAGAGAAAGAGAGAGAGAAUGGGUGGGGUAAAGGAAUUGGAAUCGAAGGAAGAACUUGUGAAACUUGUCGCCGAUGGGUCGCCGGCGGUUGUGCACUUCUGGGCGACUUGGUGCGAGGCUUCCAAGCACAUGGACCAAGUCUUCUCCCACCUCUCCACUGAUUUCCCUCAUGCCCACUUCCUCAGGGUUGAAGCUGAAGAACAACCAGAAAUUUCAGAGGCAUAUUCAGUGUCUGCAGUUCCUUAUUUUGUUUUCUUCAAGGAUGGUAAAACCGUUGAUACAUUGGAUGGUGCUGAUCCAUCUGCUUUGGCCAACAAGGUUUCCAAAAUUUAUGGGCAAAUAACUCCUGGAGAACCUGCUGCUCCUGCUAGCCUAGGAAUGGCUGCUGGGCCAACUAUUAUUGAGACAGUACAAAAUCUUGUUAAGAACAAUGGCGCUUCUCAAGUUGAGAGCCAAGCACCCUCUGGACUUAGCGAUGGACUGAAAACUCGACUAGGUCAGCUAAUUAAUUCCCACCCAGUCAUGCUGUUUAUGAAAGGAAGUCCUGGAGAACCUAAAUGUGGGUUUAGCAAAAAAGUUGUUGAAAUUUUGAAGAACGAGAAGGUCAACUUUGGAACCUUUGAUAUUCUGACAGACAAUGAAGUUCGAGAGGGAUUGAAGAAAUUCUCCAAUUGGCCAACGUUCCCUCAGCUCUACUGCAAGGGAGAGCUUCUUGGUGGUUGUGACAUUGUAAUUGCUAUGCAUGAGAGUGGUGAACUCAAGGAUGUUUUUAACGAUCAUGGGGUUGAAAUCUCCAGCUCGGACAAGGCUCCCUCAACUGAACCUGGUGAGGGGAAGGGUGGCAUUUCUCAGCCCUCGGGCCUGAGUGAAGCACUAACAUCUCGUCUGGAAGGCCUGAUAAAUUCAAGCCCAGUUAUGCUCUUUAUGAAGGGGAAACCCGAAGAGCCUAGAUGUGGGUUCAGUCGGAAAGUAGUGGACAUCCUUAACCAGGAGAAAGUAGAUUUUAACAGUUUCGACAUUCUCACUGAUGAUGAAGUUCGUCAAGGACUCAAAGUUUACUCUAACUGGUCAAGUUAUCCUCAACUGUACAUCAAGGGCGAACUUAUUGGUGGAUCUGAUAUUGUGCUGGAGAUGCAAAAGAGUGGAGAGCUCAACAAGGUUCUACUCGAGAAGGGUGUUCUCCAGAAAGAUACCCUAGAAGACCGCCUGAAGAAACUGGUAAAUUCUUCACCAGUUAUCCUUUUCAUGAAGGGUUCCCCAGAGGCUCCAAGAUGCGGUUUCAGCUCCAAGGUGGUAAACGCUUUGAAGGAGGAAGGAAUCGAGUUUGGAUCAUUCGAUAUAUUGUCUGACGAGGAAGUGAGGCAGGGGCUGAAGACAUUCUCCAACUGGCCAACUUAUCCACAGCUCUACUACAAAGGUGAGUUGGUAGGAGGUUGUGAUAUAAUCUUGGAGCUGAAAAACAACGGGGAGCUGAAAUCUACUCUAUCAGAAUAAUAAACACAGAGAGUACGAUCCGAUUUGCUUAUCUUAGUAGUUGAACAAUAUAUGCGGUGUUGGCAUGCUUUGGUUUAGUGUUCACCAUUUUUGGUUAUGUUUGUGGUCUUAACUCUUAAGUACUGUGUUUGAUUUUAGACAAAAGCUUAUCUCUGUCCAAGUGUGGGGUGUUAAUCAUUUUAGCGACAUUUUAUAUCAUACUCGUAGCUUUUUCACGAAAAUAAAUUUAUUUAGUUGUGAG